AUGUAUAAAUCAGCUUUAUUUAUUUUUGUAGCCAUCAUUGCUACAUCUGUAGUAUACUCACAGGAACCUGUGUAUAUCGGACCAAACAUUGUUCCAUUCCCACAGGUUUUGAAUACUGGCAGUUCAGUGCUCGCUGUCAAUCCAAACACUUUCAGCAUCACAACCGACUCCUCCUCACAGAUUCUCGGAAUCAAUAUUAAGCGUUAUCAAAAGUUGUUCUUCCCAUUCGGAAUGGUCAAGAGCAAUGCACCAGCCCUCAAUUUGGUGGUCAUUACCAAGUCCGACAGUGAAGAUCUCUUCUUGGGUAUCGACGAAUCCUACUCGAUCGUCGCCAACAACAAGCAGCUGACAAUCAACGCCAACACAGUUUGGGGUGCAGUUCGUGCUCUCGAAACAUUCUCACAACUCAUUCAAUGGAAUCCAGACCAGAUGAGUUACACCAUUCCCUGGGUACCAAUGACCAUUAGCGAUUUCCCACGUUUCCCAUGGCGUGGAUUCAUGAUUGACACCGGUCGUCACUUCCUCCCAGUGCAAUUCAUCCUCCACAUCAUCGAUACCAUUGCCUACCAAAAGUUCAACAUUCUUCACUGGCACAUUGUAGACGCCCAAUCAUUCCCAGUCGUCUCCUCGACAUACACCAAUUUGACUCAAGGUGCAUUCAACCCAAUCGCCAUCUACUCACACGCCGAUAUCCAAGAGGUCAUUGCCUACGCCAAAUCCUACGGUAUCCGUGUAGUACCAGAAUUUGAUAUUCCGGGUCACUCUGCUGCUUGGGGUGUUGGAUAUCCACAGUUGAUUGCCAGCUGUCCAUCGUACGCCUACAACAUCAACAAUAUGUUGUUGAACAUCGCUCAGCCAUACACCUACCAAUUCAUUGGAAAUUUGUUCGCAGAGAUGUCAUCGCUUUUCAUCGACCAAUACUUCCACACCGGUGGUGACGAAGUCGUUCUCGACUGCUGGGGUGAAGAUCCAACCAUCACCGCCUGGAUGAAGAAGAACAACUUCAACUUGGUCCAAGCUGAGGAGUAUUUCGAGAAUCAAUUGACCACCAUCCUCACCAAUUUGAACCGUACCAAGAUGGUUUGGAACGAUCCAUACCAAAACGGUGUCAACAUGACCAAGGAUACUUUGGUUCAAGUUUGGGAUUCCGCUUCACUCACCCAAGAGAUUGUCGAUGCUGGUUACAAAGCAAUCGUAUCGUUCGCUUACUACCUCGACAAACAAGUUCCAAACCCAGAGGGUAAGACUCACUACGAAUGGCAAGACACCUGGCAAGAUUUCUACGGUGCUGACCCACUUGACAACAUCACUACUUCCACCGCCAACGUAUUGGGAGGAGAAGCUUGUAUCUGGGGAGAGCAAGUCAACCAAGUAAGCUGGGAUGUACGUGUCUACCCAAGAGCUUUGGCUAUUGGAGAACGUCUCUGGUCAAACGAAGCAGUUACCGACAUUCAAACUGCAUUGGUUCGUUUCACCAACAACUCUUGUCACAUCGCCCAACGUGGAGUCAACUCUGGUCCACUCUAUCCAAACUACUGUUACCUUCCAGAGAAUAUUCCAAGUGGUCAACGUCCAAUCAUGACAUUGACACCAAUCGAAAUUGCUUCAAUACUUAAAAAGAAAUGA